AAGAGUCUGUUGUGAGUUACGCUGUUAUUCCUGUUUCCUAAAGAGUUGUUUUUGAGAUCUAUUGAAAGAGGGUUCACUAUGUUUCAUAACCACAAAACACUUGACUGUGAAAGGCGUCUUUUGAGAUUUCAAUCGACUCUUAAACUAUAUCAGCCCGUCAGCAGAACAUGACUAUCAUACUUGCACGACUGCUUUACUGAAGGAUGACUCGACUAAAUUUUCUUGUCGGCUCUGUGGAGCCAUUACAAACGUAUGCAAAAUACCAGUCCCGACUUUCAACAACAGCUAAAUAAUACGGUUAAUGGACUUUCUUUCCAGUGUUUUGGCAGACAAAGUAAAUUUGAAUAAUGAUGUAAAUUCGGUAGUCAGAUCCCCCAAUUACCUCCUCAAAGCAAAUUGCGAUCUGUUUAUGUAAAGAACAAAAGGAAACUUCCUUUCGUGAUGAAUACCACGUGACCUUACUUGAUUGAAGUCUAUCUUAAUUUUUUUUUUUUUUUUUUCUGGUCUCCAUUGAAAAGUUUUCUUUAAUUAAAAACAGACAUAACAGUCAUAUAUCUGACCCUGGAGCAGAAUUGUUCUUUCUUUCUACACGAGCGAUUGUAAGGCAGUGCAUACAUAACGCGAUAACUGUCCUUGCUAGAUAAUCACCGGUCAUCUUGAAAAGCAAAUAUGAAUAAUUUUGUUUUCAUUCCUAAUUUUUUCUCUUUGUUUGUUUUGCUUUUUGGUGGCAUUAGCGGCGUAAGCCUUCUAAAAGAGUCUCCUUGGUUUCUGACCGGUCAAUGUGGAAGAAAAUUACCUCGAUUUAAUGGCUAAUAUCAAGAGUAAUUGGUCCGCCAAGCAAACUACGUUCAUUGCAAACUUGGUUUAGUUAGAAGAUAGCGAUAACAGAAAUAUUGUGAUUAAAAAACAGCGUGACAGUGCUUUAAUUGAAAAUACGUCACAAUAAUUCGCACUUUUGUCGCCACCUACAGUCAACAAUAGCGGCAAGAGUUUCAUUUUCACAUUAACCAUGCUCAACUGAUUACAUCAAAAAUUCAUGAUUGACACCGGCCACUCGGUACGUGCCAAAUAUAAUGCGUUACCACAGCAGUAAAUGAAUUUCGCUUUCCGAUGUCAGUUUCAGGAAGUUGAAGGCAACAGUUUACGUGGGAUGAAUGUUUCCUUUAAUAGAAACGCUGUAUAACUGAAAGACUUGCCUUUACAGAGUUCCAAGUCUCCGCAUUGAAAGACAUCCCAAUUACAGCAGUAAAAUUUGAAGAUGUCAGUGUUGAUGUUUUGUCUCAACCGCCUCCACGAUGUUAGAGUAGCAAUGAUCCUGAUUUUUUUUCUCGUUCAACCUCAAGCUUCAUCUGCCACAGGCGAAGACACCAAUCCAGGGGAAAGAAUUAUCAAGGAAGGAAACGUGACAAUCGGUGGUCUCUUCCCUGUUCACGUGAGAGGUGAAUUUAGAUCGAAAUUUAUGGGCUUAGCUGAAGCCAUGGUUUUUGCCAUCGAACAAAUCAACAAUGACUCCAAUCUCUUACCAAACAUUACUCUCGGUUAUGAUAUCUCCGACACAAACCUUGAAAAUCGCCGGUCCAUGAAAUCCACUUUGGACUUUGUGAAUGUUCAUAAAUUCGCUUUCGCGAACCCUCAACUCAAUGAAACUUGUUUGAUCUUACCCAGGGGCAAGUUUUCUCCGGUGGUCGCUGUAGUUGGGACCGGAACUUCGCGAUCCUCGAUUCUGGUGUCAAAUUUAUUGGAAGUAGAAGAUAUCCCGCUUAUAAGCUACGCCGCUACAAGCGAUGAACUCAGUAGCAGCGCCUAUCCAUCGUUUUUUCGCACCGUCCCCCCUGAUCGUUUUCAAUCAAAAGUGAUGUCGGAUAUUGCUCGUAAUUUCAACUGGACUUAUGUAGCUGCGAUAGCUGUUGAUGACGCAUACGGGCGAUCGGGGAUUGAAUUUUUCCGCAAGAAUUCAAAACCCCUGGGUAUUUGCAUUGCAUACGAAACAUAUUUCCCUUCCAACGGUCAGAGAGGAGAGGAGAAAAUUCGAACUAUUAUCGAGGAACUGAAAGAGAGGGAUGAAAUCGGUGUUAUUAUUCUGUAUUGUACCAGCGACCCGGCUGUAAGUGUUCUCACAGAAGCUCUCCGUCAAGGUCUCAUUGGUCGCACUUGGAUUGCUAGUGAAGCUUGGGGAAACAAUGAUCGAGUAAUCAAGCGCACAGACCUGCAACCCAUCCUACAAGGAAUGCUAGGGGUUGUAUUCACGGACAUUACUGUGCCUUCAUAUAAACGUUAUCUUCUGUCACGCACUUCUGCUUACCGGCCAGAGCCAUGGUGGAAGCACUUCUGGGAGACAGAAUUCAGCUGCAGGUUCAACGCCACGCCAUCAAAUGGGACGGAACAGUGUUUAGACCACCUCAAAAUCACAGAGAGUAUCUACGAAAAAAGUCUGGCCGACAGCAAGUCUACGUAUGUUAUAAACGCUGUGUAUGCAAUAGCGCAUGCGUUAGACGCCAUUUUUAGGUGUGUAUCUUCUCCUAAGAACCAAUGUCCCAAGACGGAACCUUAUGUUGAACCACUAGACGUUCUGCAAUACUUGAAAAAGGUUAAUUUCACAUCUGAAGUGUCCAACGUGUUUUUCGAUGAAAAUGGUGAUUCUCAAGCAUCUUACAGCAUCAUUAACUAUCGAGCUGACAACGGAACGAACGGCCGAGUGGAAACGGUGGGUACCUGGGAAGUAGGGAGUCUUCAACUCAACGCUAGUCUCAUAAUGUGGAACAAAGGUCUGAAAGGAACUAAGAUCCCUCGUUCGGUUUGCAGCGAGAGAUGCCACCCGGGAUACCGACAAACACAAGAGCUUAACUGUUGUUGGCAGUGCAUCAGAUGUUUACAGGACACUAUUUCCAGCGUGUUUGGAGCGAUGAAUUGUACGCCGUGUAGUGAAGAUCACAUUUCAAACGAAGCGCGCACGGAGUGUAUGCAUGUUCCUGUUGAACGCAUUCAAUGGGGAGAUUCACUCGGAGUUUUCAUCGCCUUUUUCGCUGUAUUGGGAACUCUCGCUUCAAUUCUUAUUGGAGGAGUAUUUGUCUGGCGCAAUGAAACUCCAAUCGUGAAAGCAUCUAAUCGGGAACUUAGCUACACAUUUCUGUUCAGUAUUUGUAUGAACUAUAUAUGGGCCUUAAUCAACCUGGCCGAGCCGACCGAUUUUGUUUGCCCAUUACAGCAAGCUUGGUUCUAUAUUUUCUACACUGUUGCUAUAUUAGUCCUCGGCGUCAAAACGAAACGAAUUGUACAUUUGUUUGAAAAUCGAGUUCCACGGUCUGAACUCACCCAAUCAUUCGUCCAAAGGCACAAGCACAUUUUAAUACUAGUCGGCGUCGUAGCCCUUGUGGUAUUAAUUCUCAUCAUCUGGUUCGUCGACGACAUUCCACGACCAAACGUGGACAAAUCCAUCAGGACCCCUCACUAUUUGGAGUGUUUGGCCAGCUCCAACGUACUCGGAAAAGUUUGUCAGUACCUCCUCAUCGUCAUCCUUGUGAGCGUCUCCAUAGUCUGCUGCUAUUUUGCAUUUAAAUCCAGAAAGCUGCCCCACAAUUUUAAUGAAGGAAAAUUUAUCGCGUUCGCAUUGUACACCAGCGUGAUCUCAUGGGUGACUUUUUACCCAGUUUAUCUGAACAUUCGCGGUAAAUACUCUGUAGUUAUCGCGGGCGCAGCUUCUAUCAUCGCUGCCAGUGGACUAUUGGUGUGUAUCUUUGUGCCAAAGGUUUACAUAAUUAUCUUCCAACCUGAGAAAAAUACGGUCGCAUACAUGAAGAGCCAAAUUUCCAGCCACACCUUCCGUAGGAGUGCAAUGGAUGCGGAGUCACGACACAGGUCAUGUAAUAGUCCGGAGAGUAACCCUGCUGCAGGGACCCCAACGGGGACCCCGGUACAGUCGGAGACUCCGACGUCAUCGCGGCUUGAUAUCAUAGGUCCAAAAAUGACAGAGGGGGAGGAUCAGAAGGCUGUUAGUGCGUUAUAAUGCGUCUAAUUAUUGCUUUUUGAGUUGCAAAGGGCGAAGGCAAAACGCAGCAGUAUAGAAUGAAACUGGCUGUUUUCUAGUUAAAUAAUCUCUUCCGCAAAUAUUUUUUGACAGUAUGUUAAAAAAAAAGAAAGAAAAAAAAUGGUCGAGUUUUCAAUUGCUAGACUCCGCUUGAUACUGCGAGAUAAUUUUCUAUUUCAAUGCCUUAUAGAUGGUUGAAGUCGAAGUCACCGGUCAACCUACUUAAAAGUUAUUAGAGAAAUGGUGCAAAAUUGUUGAUUAGACGACGAUACAUAAAAAGAAAAUAUAGUUAUGCAGAAAUUUUCAUUGGAUAUUUGUGUAUUAAGACAAUUCAGAAAACUUAUAUCGGUCACUGCCAACAGAAAUACAGAACUGGUUUGGCAUCAGAAGAUAAUGAAAUUCAUAUUCUUACGUAAAUUUGAAAUGCAAUGAAAACUUGGUACAAUUGAAUUAUUUAUGAUUCCAAAUUAAAUUAAAGAGAAGUAUAUGUUGAUUAAAAUUUUCAAGUGAUGCAAAGGGUUUAACCAAAUAAAUAGAUAUUUCAAAUUAAAA